AUUAUAGGGACCCAUAACAAUAAUACAAUUCCAAUUAAAGUGCCGGUAGAUAAAACAUACUGAUAGUGCCUUUAUAUGUAACGUUCCGUACUGCUUCUCUAAAUCUAGUUAAUUUAAUAAUUUACAAAGUAUUUGUUAUUAAAUACAUCAAUAUGAUGUGAUUUUUUGUCUAAAUUUACAGUGAACCCGAUCGACCUCUGAUUUAGUCGCGGUAGCUGGUAGCUAGGCGUUGUCUAGACGUUGCCAAACCGAAGGGGUGACGCCCCAAUUGUAUAUGAUUCUGUAUAAUAGUAGAUGUAAUAAAUCAAUGCAUCGAGAUUUGGACAUUAAAACACAUGCGCGGGGAAACUAGCUUGGACCGGGAGCGGACGGUCGAGCGACGGGCGCAGCCGCGCAGUCCGAAGCGCUCCGCUGUUACCACUGGGUGUGUUCGUUCGUGAUGAAUUUUGUUCUGAUAUGUCACCCCAAGAAUAUCAUACUGGUCCCUCAUAUCUAAUAUAAAGUGUUAGUUUGUCGCGCGGGUGUUGAUUAGAACAUUGUACCGGCGUCAGUUUCCGGCAAAAUGAAGACGUUACUAUUGCUUUCCUUUCUAUUCCUGGGAUAUGCAGCAGCCCUUGACGACGUAACAGUGCUGACAGUGGCUACGGAGGAGACCGAUGGCUUCAAAAGAUUCAUGCGCUCAGCUAAGGUGUACGACAUUGACGUACAAGUUUUGGGGCAAGGAGAGAAAUGGGAGGGUGGAGAUAUGAACUUCGAAGGCGGUGGGCAGAAGGUCAACCUCCUCAAGGCGAAGGUCGAUGAAUUGAUGAAAACCAAAGAAAAUGAUCACAUUGUGCUGUUCACUGAUAGCUACGACGUGAUGUUCCUGGGCACCCUGGGCGACAUCCUGGUGAAGUUCAAGGCUAUGCCGGAGACUCGCGUGCUGUUUUCGGCUGAGCCAUUCUGUUGGCCGGACUCCAAGCUCGCGGCGAUGUACCCCAAUACAGAGGUCACCAACCCCUACCUCAACUCGGGAGGAUUUAUUGGAUAUCUGUCCGAAAUAAAUACCAUACUGAACGCGAAGAAAAUAAAGAACAAUGAAGAUGACCAGCUGUACUACACUAAGGUCUACCUAAGCGAGCUGAGGGACUCUCUAAAGAUCAACCUGGAUCACAAGUCUGAGAUAUUCCAGAACCUCAAUGGAGCUUUGUCGGACGUCCAGCUCCAUAGCAACACGACCGAGGAGUGGCCGUACUUGGAGAACGUGGCGACGAAGCAGCGACCCCUGGUGCUGCACGGCAACGGCCCUUCGAAACUGACGCUUAACACUAUGGGCAACUACCUCGCCAAGGCCUGGUCCCAGGCCAAAGGUUGCGUUCUUUGUGAAGAGAAGAGGAUUGAAUUAGAUAAUGAUAACCUGCCGCGUGUGAUGGUGGCUGUCUUCGUGGAGGUGGCGACGCCGUUCCUCGAGGAACUGUUAAAUUCCGUGGUGGAGCUGGACUACCCCAAGAAUAAGAUACAUCUCCUCGUGCGCAACAACAUCCCCUACCACGAGCCUCUCGUCGAAGAGUUCUACGACAAGUACGCGAACGAAUACGCCACAGCCAAGAGGAUCAAGCCGACCGACUACAUGAGCGAAGCUGAAGCGAGGAAUGUUGCCAAGGAGCGAUGCACCAACAGCAUGUGUGAGUACAUGCUGUGCGUGGACAGCGUGGCUCGCCUGAAGCCGAACACGCUGCGCCACUUGCUGUCGUCCGGCUACGACGUGGUGGCGCCCAUGGUCGCGCGCCGCGGACAGGCCUGGUCCAACUUCUGGGGCGCGAUCAACGCCCAGGGAUACUACGCGCGCUCCACGGACUACAUGGACAUCGUCUACCGUUCUAUCGAGGGCAUAUGGAAUGUACCGUUCGUCACCAACUGCUACCUGGUGAAGAUGGAGGUGUUGCGUACACCCAAGGGGCUGCAGGUCACAUACGCCAAGGACGACCUCGACCCCGACAUGGCAUUCUGUACCAGCUUGAGGAACAUUGGUGUGAUGAUGUACGUGAGCAACGAGGAGGAGCACGGCCAUCUGGUGAACCCCGAGACGUACGACACGAGCCGCACACACCCCGACAUGUACCAGCUGCUGGAAAACAAGCACGAGUGGGAGCGCCGCUAUCUGCACGAGGAGUACGUCACCAACUAUCUCGAGGGACAGAAGCCCAAAAUGCCUUGCCCCGACGUGUACUGGUUCCCGCUGAUGUCGCCGCGCUUCUGCAAGGAAUGGAUCGAUAUCAUGGAGGGCUACGGCCAGUGGAGCGAUGGAUCUAACAAUGACAAGCGUCUGGAAGGUGGUUACGAGGCGGUGCCGACGCGCGACAUCCACAUGAACCAGGUCGGGCUGGAGCGCCAGUGGCUGCACAUCCUCAAGGAGUACGUGCGCCCUCUACAGGAGAUGGUCUUCACUGGAUACUUCCACAACGUGAGUGACAAACAGAUACACAAUGACGGAGUCACAGAACUUUAAUAAUUCUUUCUUUUUAAUAAAAAGCCCUACACUUACGCUAUAUAUUAUACCUUCAUGCUAUUAAUAACGUGAAAAUAUAGUUUAAAAUUGGGCAAUAAAACAUUUGAAAAAAAAUUGUCAUGCGCGAAAGGGAUAGAGACUACAAGUUUACAAGAUCAAGGAAGUAAUGUUGCUAUGGCAACGGUAAUUUGUAUCCAAUGACGAAGGCCUUCGUUGUCAUUUGUACAUUUCAAGUUUGGAAAUUUAAAUUGGAAAUGUCACAAAUGUAAACAAUAAAAUAAAGUUUUUAUAAUUUCAUGCGAACGAAGACGCACGGGAACAGCUCGUGUCGUAAUAAAUCUAAUUAGUAAACGAGAAGUUUACAUUCUGCCAAAAUGGCGGCAUACCGGCCACUGACACCUUCGCUUUUUUACUAUAGAAAAAGAUAAGGGAAAAAAUGUAGAAAACCACGAGAGAUAAAACGAAUACAUAAUAUGUGAAUAGAGUUUAAUAUAUUAAACUAUAUGUUUUUAUUUGAACAUAUUUUGAACUAAAUUAGUG